AUGGCGCCCGACACCAAACUGGAACUCAGCCCGCAUAUUCCCUGGAGCGAGCCGGCCUGGUAUUCCUCCCUCCGCUCUCCCUACUACAACGAGAGCCAUCGCAAGCUACGGGACAAUAUCCGCCGCUACAUUGACGAAAACGUGCUACCGCAUUCCUUCGAGUGGGAGGAAAAGGGCGAAGCACCGGUCGAGGCCUCCAAAGCGUGGCUGAAGUCGGGCAUUGGCCUGGACGACAUCCCGGUCCAGUACCGGCCGGCCGACGUGCCGAGCCUGUCCGGGCUGCCGCCCGGCCAGCUCGAUGCGUUCCACAUGCUCAUCAUUGCCGACGAGACGUCGCGCAUCGAAGGCGGCGUCGGCAUCGCGCUCGGAGGCGCCUCGUCCAUCGGCGCACCGCCCAUUAUCCACUUCGGCAUCGACGAGCAAAAAGCCAAGUGGCUGCCGGGGCUCUUCACCAAGGAGACGAGCUUCUGUCUCGGCAUCACGGAGCCGUCGGGCGGCUCCGACGUCGCCCAGCUGCGCACCACGGCCGAAAAGACGGCGGACGGCAAGUUCUACGUGGUCAACGGCGUCAAGAAGUGGAUUACCGGCUCGCCCUGGGCCAGCCACAUGACGACGGCCGUGCGCACCGGCGCCGACGGCGCCCAGGGCAUUUCCGUGCUCGUCAUCCCCAUGGACGCGCCCGGCAUCACCGUGGACAAGAUCCAGAACAGCGGGCAAAAUGCCGGCGGAGCCUCCUUCGUGGACCUCGACAACGUCAAGGUGCCCGUCGAGAACCUGAUUGGGCGGGAGAAUCAGGGCUUCUCCAUCAUCAUGCGCAACUUCAACCGCGAGCGGUUCCUGCUCGCGGUGCAGUGCAACCGCAAGAGCCGGACAUGCCUCGCGCUCGCGUUCCAGUACGCGCUGCAGCGCGAGACGUUUGGCAAGCCCCUGAUGCAGUACCAGGUCAUCCGCCGCAAGCUGACCGAGGUUGCGCACCGCGUCGAGGCCCACUGGGCCUGGAUGGAGCAGCUCGCCUACCACAUCGGCACCUCGCCCGAGGGCUGGCAGAGCCCCGACGUCGCCGGCCGCCUGGCCCUGCUCAAGGUCCAGGGCGGCCAGAUGGUCGAGCUGGCCGCCCGCGAGGCCCAGCAGAUCUUUGGCGGCGCCGGCUACCAGAGGAGCGGCCCGGGCGCCACCGUGGAGCAGAUAAGUCGCGACUUGCGCAUGCUGGUUGUUGGCGGCGGCAGCGAGGAGAUUAUGGCUGAUUUGGCGAUUCGCCAGGAACUGAUGAUGGCCAAGUCAAAACUGAAGCUGUAA